UUUUCUGUACACCCUUAGUUUCUAACAAGGAGUAUAGCAUAUUUUUAUUUUAACUUAUAUUUAUUGUAAUAUAUUAUUAAGUGUGUAUUUAAAUCAAAAUGGACUUCCUCGAUUCGCCAGUUUGUCCAAUCAGGCUACAAAACUCACCGAAGAAAUCCCGUGGACAGAUUCAGAUUAUAUUUGGGCCGAUGUUUUCAGGCAAAAGCACCGAACUGAUGAGAAGAGUGCGCCGUUUCCAGGUGGCCCAGUACAAAUGUUUGGUCAUCAAAUAUGCCAAAGACAUCCGGUAUUCAGACUCGGGUAUGGCCACACAUGACAAAAACACCAUGGAGGCCGUGCCUGCCACCUGCCUGGGGGACGUUCGCUCCGCCGCGCUGAAUGCCUGCGUCAUCGGGAUCGACGAAGGACAGUUUUUUCCAGAUACCGUGGAGUUUUGUGAGGAGAUGGCCAAUUUGGGGAAGACGGUCAUCGUGGCUGCGUUGGAUGGGACCUUCCAGAGGAAGCCUUUUGGAAACAUCCUGAACCUGGUUCCUCUUGCAGAAAGUGUGGUGAAGCUCCACGCCGUCUGCAUGCAGUGUUACAAAGAAGCCGCCUACACCAAGAGGCUCGGAGCAGAGCAGGAGGUGGAAGUGAUCGGCGGUGCUGACAAGUACCAGGCGGUGUGCAGAAAGUGCUACGGCGGUCUGGUGGUGGACAAAGAGAACAGCUCCUCUAUCAGGAACGAGACGCCGCUUCAGGUCCCGCUGGGAAAACUCGCCGACCCCAACGUUCCCCGGAAACUGUUCUCCCCUCUGCACCUCUGAGCAGGAAACAUAAGACUUUAUGCAUCAAUUUUGAACAAUCUGCUGUGUGAGAAGUGUGUACAAUUGUCCUUUUUGUUUUUCUCCUUUUGUUUUUGUGAUGAAUUAAAGUAGCGACUUGAUAUUCUAAAUGUUUUUGUCUCACGUGACGUUUCGGAUACUUGAAGGGCAUUAAGCACUUGAUAUCUUUGCAUGACUUGUAACGGCUUACUGUUUGAUGAUGGGGUAACAUCUGUACCUUUUUGUUUAAUUCUGAUAUUUUUACUGUGGUAUUGCCUCGUCGGAUAUAAAAUCUUAACUUAUCUUUAAGCAAAACGUACAUUUUGCACUCAAAUCCAGAAUACAUCUGUUUUAUUCUAUGUUUAAAGUCAGAAAUUAUAUAAUAAACUCAGAACUGACACUUUUAUUGCUUUA